UGAUCGAGUGAGUGAGUGAUAGCACCAGAGAAGUAAUAUUGCUCCACAAGUUUUAUGGCAGAAUUUGACUUAAAUAUUUUUACAAUCGGAAUCUUUUUUCAUAAUUCUGUGGGAGGAACUACAGAAGGAGUUCUUUGAUUUUGUUCGUUUUUUCCACUUAUGUUCUUUGGAUCACAGUGUGCACAGAACAGAAAAUGCAGAGAUGACACACAGGAGGAUAGAUUUAAGAUCAUCUACUGUAAAUAUGACGUACGAUCGGUUAGGUGAGGUAGGGGACAAGGAGAGAGGACCGCCCAACCACUGUAGAGUCAUCCAGCAGGGCACGGAGGAAGAGCUGACCCUUUAUGGCUACCAGAACUCUGCAUGUAAGGCCGCUCUCUUCUAUCUCCUGACUCUCAUCACCCUUGGAAUUUUUUAUCUCAUCUCCUACUGGAAGCCAGAGUGGCGGGUCUACUGGAAGAGUAGAAAGUCUGCUUUGUCAGAUGCUGAUGCUCUUAUAUUAAAGGAUGCUGAUGGCCAAAUUCACGUAGCAAUAGUUGAAUCAGAAACCGUUGAGUCUGGGUUCCCAUCACAGUAUGUGGUGUCCUCUCACUCCUUUAAUGGUGUGUGUAAUGGGGCCCAUAACGGAGCAUCAGAUGUCACUCAUCUCACUCAGCCACUUCACAGAGUUUUACGUUACUUUAUAUUUCAACACAUCAAGUACAUCUGGACUCCUGAGAAGAUGACAUUUACUCGCCUUUACGGUUAUGAUCAAAAUACUCCAAUCAAAUCUUUACUAAAUGACUUCAGAGGUUUUACUGCCCAAGAGCAAAUGCAAAGACAAAUACUUUAUGGACUCAACAUGAUAAGUGUGGAGGUCAAGUCUUAUUGGCAUCUCUUAGUAACGGAAAUUCUAAACCCAUUUUACGUCUUCCAAAUUGCAUCGAUAACUCUGUGGUCUUUUGACAACUACGUCCUCUAUGCCACGUGCAUCUUCCUGGUGUCUUGCCUUUCCAUCAUUGUCUCUCUCCAUGAAACUCGUAAGCAAAGUCAGUCUGUGCAUGACAUGGUGGAGGCCUCCAACACCAGUAAUAUAUCAAUACUACGAGCUACUCCUGAAGAAACCACAGUUGAAGUGGAGGUCAAUGCCACAGAACUUGUUCCAGGAGAUGUUGUGGUCCUUCCUUCUACUGGAUGCUCUAUGCCCUGUGAUGCUGUUCUCAUAUCUGGCAAUGCUAUUGUUAAUGAAAGCAUGCUCACAGGUGAGAGUGUUCCUGUUACUAAAACGCCAAUAACAUUGUCUGAGGAGAAUGAGAUCUAUUUACCCAAGAAGCACAAACGGCACACACUCUUCUGUGGAACAUCAGUCAUCCAGACAAGGUACUACGGCAGUGCUCAGGUUCUGGCAGUUGUGGUGCGAACAGGCUUUAAUACGGCAAAGGGAGAACUAGUGCGGUCUAUCCUAUACCCGAGGCCAUUGGAUUUUAAGUUUUAUAAAGAUGCAAUGAAGUUUAUCCUGUUAUUGUUUUUCAUAGCAUCCAUUGGCAUGUCAUACUCUAUCUACAUCUACAUUUUACACAAGGAGGGUAUAGUGAAGACCAUCGUGCGAACACUAGAUAUUGUGACCAUCGUGGUGCCCCCAGCUCUUCCUGCAGCCAUGACGGUUGGUACUUACUAUGCCCAAAGUAGACUGAAGAAGAAAGGAAUAUUUUGUAUAUCUCCACCAAGAAUAAAUGUCUCGGGAAAAACCAAGCUUGUGUGUUUUGACAAGACUGGCACCUUGACUGAGGAUGGACUAGAAGUGUGGGGUGUGGUGGAGGUAGAGGGCAGCCACAUGGGAACACCUGUCAUGGAUGUAUCAAGUGUUCAGCACACAUCUCACCUUGUUGCUGCUAUGGCCACGUGUCACUCCCUCACCUACCUCAAUGGACAGCUAACGGGAGACCCGUUAGAUGUUAAAAUGUUUGAGGCAACAAAAUGGGCGCUGGAGGAGCCGGUUGAAGACGACACACACCGAUUUGAUAACCUAAUUCCCACUCUUGUUCGUCCUCCUGCAUCGUCUCUCCCAUCUUCUCCCAUCUCCGUUUCUUCCAUUCCACCUCCUCUCCCACCAAGUAUCAGCACUUCCCCUACUCAUGGCACCACUGUCUCCACCUCUCCUCCUCCCAGUGCUAUUGUCUCCAUUUUUCCUCCUCCUCCUCCUCCCAGCACUGUCUCCACCUCUCCUCCUCCCGGCAUCACUGUCUCCACCAUCUCUCCUCCUCCCGGCACCAUUGUCUCCGCGCACACUCCACUUGCUGGCUCCACUCUCGUCGUCCACACUCUCACAGAUGGUAGUGGUGGUGGUACUAUUUCUGUUGAUGGCUUGGUUGAUCUACAAGAUGUCAGCUUAUUGCAGCAGAGUUUGGAAGAACCAACCCAAGGCAGCUCCAACUAUGACCAGAUGACCCCUGCUGUGGUCAAGCCCAGUAACAGAGAAAUGUACAUGGAUCCACCGAACAUCACAAACAUUGUCGAGACACCAUUCCAGGUUCCUUAUGAGAUUGGCAUUGUGCGCCAGUUUCCGUUCAGCAGCAGUAGUCAACGAAUGUCAGUCAUAGUGAGGAUGCUGGGCCAACAACACAUGGAUCUGUAUGCUAAAGGGGCUCCUGAGGUGAUUCAGUCUCUCUGCCGACCUGAAUCAGUACCAGAUGACCUGGGACCUAUCCUAACCCAGUACACGGUGCAAGGUUUCCGUGUCAUAGCUCUUGCCUACCGCACAAUAAAGACUAAGCUAUCCUGGCACGCUGCUCAGAGAAUUUCCAGGGAUCAGGUUGAAUGUGAUUUAACAUUUGUGGGGCUGUUGAUACUACAGAACAUGUUGAAGCCAGAGACAAAACCAGUCAUAUGUCAGCUACAGAAGGCCAAUAUAAGGACAGUUAUGGUCACAGGAGACAAUAUUCUAACAGCCAUCAGUGUAGCCAGAGACUGUUGCAUGGUGGGUGUCACUGACCACGUCUAUGAGGCCAAAGUAACACCACCAACUUGUGACCAUCCAUCAUCACUCACUUUUGAGCCAGCUGACUCCCCUGACAUGAUAGUUCACCCAGCUGCUCAGGAUGUGAGUAUAAUGUCCAUUAACAUGGAUAGCAUCAGUCCAAAGUACCAUUUUGCUGUCACUGGCAAAGCCUGGGCUUUGAUAUGUCAGCACUUCCCAGACCUGGUACCAAGAAUCAUCGCACGAGGGACAGUGUUUGCCCGGAUGUCACCUGACCAAAAAGCUCAGCUUGUUGAGGAAUUACAAGCCAUUAACUACAUAGUGGCCAUGUGUGGUGAUGGUGCAAAUGACUGUGGGGCACUGAAAGCUGCUCAUGUAGGCAUAUCAUUGUCGGAGGCUGAAGCAAGCGUGGCUGCCCCCUUCACCUCCCACACCAACAACAUUGAGUGUGUGCCUCAGGUUAUAUGUGAGGGUCGAUGUGCUCUCACUACCAACUUCUCAGUCUUCAAGUACAUGGCUCUCUACAGUAUCAUCCAGUUUGUCUCUGUUCUUAUCCUGUACUCGGCUUACACCAAUCUCUCCGACCCUCAGUUCCUCUAUAUUGAUCUCUUCAUUGUAACUGUGAUAGCAAUCUUCAUGGGUUACACUGGACCCAAUCUUGAGCUCGUGGCAGUAAAACCACUCGGCAACCUGCUUGGGGCUGUCAACAUGUUUUCCAUCCUGUCCCAGAUCUUCCUUGUCAUCCUUUUCCAAGUCAUCGCUUAUUUUUAUCUUUUGCAACAGUCCUGGUUUGUGCCUAACAAACCUACUGAGAUUGGAGAGGUGGAUAACGUAGUGAGCUGGGAGACAGCCACCAUCUUCUAUGUUUCAAGUUUCCAGUAUCUGACACUCUGUAUUACAUACUCCCCUGGACGACCUUUUAGGAAACCACUUGUCACUAAUGUUUGGCUGACAGUAUCACUGUUAAUACUGACAGUGACGACCCUAUUGAUGCUGCUGUGUCCGUGGUCAUGGCUGAUGACCUUAAUGAAGAUAAAGUACUCGUCAGAUAAAUACAUGAUGUUUAGGAUUGCUCUUCUCCUCAUUGUUGCUACACACUUUGUCGUCUCCAUCAGCGCAGAGUAUUUUCUAGCAAGUAGUCGCAGCCUGAAGAAAUGUUUCCAGUGGUUGAUGUGUAAGCGUGAACCCAAGAAUAAGUAUAAGACUGUGUUGCGGGACAUGGACGAGGACCCCAGCUGGCCCCCUAUAGGAACACCUGUAUUUAGUUUUCAGGGAACAUGACAGUUUAAGUGAAGUACUUGUAGUUUCUAUGUUAAAUAGGUUGUGGGUAAGGUUUCGUACAUUAUUUUUUAUGUGAUCAGUGGUUGUAGUGCUAAUCUCUUUUUUAAUCAAAAUAAUUCAAAUUUACUUUUUUACAAAUUAAUGUAUGGUAGCAAACUUGUUAUUAUUGUAGCCAAAGGCACAUAUGAUAUAUAGAAAUGUAUAGCAUUUAAAAAUAAUAUUUUUUUAAAAGUAGUUUCAAAUAAAGAUGUUUUUAUUAUAAAGAUGCAAACAUGAAAAUAUUUAUAGUAUUAUAUUUUGAAGUGAAAGUGGAUGGGAACUAUUUGACCUCUGUAUGUGUUAUUGAUAUACAACAUAUGGUGGACAUCUACACUUUAUUACGAGCUAAAACUUAAUGGUUUAUGCAUUAUGAUAUUUUUUAAUACUUAUUGUACCUGAUGUAACAUUACAAAACAUUAUUACAUGUAUACUAAAUUGAUGAUCAUUAGUUAUGAUCAGCGUUGUACGCGUCAACGAAAAAAGUGGCGGCGCCAGCGUCAGUGUAAACGGCCGAUAAAUUUGAUGCUGUCAGCGUCGGCGUAAACGAUUUCAUAAAUUGACACCAUUAACGUCAGCGUCAACACCUUGCGGCAACGAGUUUUCAGUGACAUACAAAUGCAGCCCUGAAAUGCGUAUUCUCCUGUGUAUGGGAGUAACAUAUGCAAAAUAAAAAAUAUUCAUUCAUUUUUAAUCAGUUAUUAUGAUUUAUAUUAUAUCAUUUUAAUUCAUUUGUUCCCCUGCAAGAGUACGAGCAUCUCAAAAUGCUUGUAGAAAGCUGCGCUGGCGGCGGGCACGGCAAAAUUUUUCCCCUUUGUCUUUAUAACAAGAUACUGUUAUUGAAAAUCGAACUUGGAAAAAUAAACAUUUUUAAAGUUGGCGAACAAAUUGAUGCUUGACGCUCCGCUCGGGUGAAAAGUUGACUACGUCACCUGUAGCGUCACCUGCCCAAAAAAAUUGAUGGCGUCAGCAUUAACAAAAAGUUGCCGCCGUCCAUUGAUGGCGUUAAAUUAACGGCGUCAACGUACAACACUGAUUAUGACAAUGUAGCAUCAUUGUUUAGGGAUACAAAUUUGUAAAAAGGUUUAGUGUACAGUCCAUCCUAAUGGUGCCUAACACCAACAGCCCAAAAAUAUGAUAAAGAUCAGGGGAUUCAACACCCUCUACAGACACCCCAUUUUGACCAACAGAUCUGACCAGUUACAAAUUAGUCUAAUUUUGGCACAUUAUAUUUUACUUGUACUUAUCCUGCUCUCUCUCAUUUUGCCUCUUCAUAAGUGCUGACUUUCCACAUAUAUCUUGGGCAGUAGACAGUUACAUUGUAUGUUAUCAGAGUUAGCUACAUCUAACAAAAUACAGUAUGUGAUUUUCCAUUCCCUAAAGUACCACUUUUUUUUCCUAUGUUACUCAAGGUACAGGUUAAUAUAAAAUACAAUAUUUUAAGAUUUUUUCAAUUUGUUUUCGAUACAGUAAGCCCUCUUCCAAUGCAUAUUUCUCCAGCUCAGAUUCACUUGUACAGUAUGGUCUCACAGUAUGUGUAUCCAUAGUACACAACCCUGCUUACAUGUGGCAGACCCUCUGAACCACCCUUACACUUGGGUCUCGCUCUCACACAAGCAUCUUUUGCUACUUAUGUGGGGAUCCCAGGGACAUUACCCUUGGUACACUGUGCAUGUUCUUGUACUUUCUAAAUCUAUCACUCUCCCAUGCCUUUUUCUCACUUAGCAUCCUACACACUUUCUCCCUCCCUUGUAAGCUGUAAUCGCACUAAUACUCUUUUUCUGUAUUUAUCUACUUUGUACUGUUUUUUUUUUUUU